AUGGAGUCCAAUUGGAAGUAAGUUAUGGAUUUAUUGUUACAAAGGGUUAUAAAAUGUUAGUACUAAUGUUUUCUUUACAUUAUUCAUAAAGCGUAGCUUUUAUUUAUGCCGAAUCGUGACCAAACAUGUGUUUUAACAUUAUCUUUUCAGAUUGGGUUCUUAUGCAUUUCUCGCCUUCUCAGUAGUUGAUGUAAGUUUAGUUUUAUUGUUAUAUUUUAUUGUUUAGGCGUGUUUUUUCAAUUUUUCCAUACCUUCAAAAGUUUUAUCGUGGUUUCUGGCUGGAGAACAAGUUAUUCAGCUGGCCACACUAAUUGGAUUUAUUUCUCUACUUAAUCUAUGUUCUCUCAUAUAUUAUUGGGCUACGGGUGACACGGUUUUUGAAGCAUACUACAAAGCUACCAAAUCUCAAAAUUUGAGUAAGUUAGGUUUAUUUCUUUUUGCUGGUUGCUUUUAUAAUAUAGUUUAUAAACCUAAGUUUAGUGUUAUUUUCAGAAAGUUUUACUGUAGUAGUACUGAAAAUAGAUGAAAUGUAACAUUGACAACGAUUUCAGACGUAAUAAGUAAUGCCAGUCAAAGGCGGUUGAAUAAUACAUUCAACAAGUCUUUGAACACCACUUUGAACGAUUUCAAGUACCGAUCAGUAGAUGACAAUGCCAAUUCUUCAUUGGACAAAACUAAUUGGUCUCAAAUCUUCACUGACAGCUUCUCAGCUGCCAACUAUUCUUCUGACUCUAAAUUGGACGAAUCUUCUCGUAGUAAGAAGCUACAUACAACUGGACCAAACUCCCUUGAGCUGAGUUCCUUUUCUUCAACUCAACAUUCUGUUUACACUGAUGGACAAUAUGAGAGAUUGAGGUUCAAGCAAGAAAUGACAGAAGAUUCUAACCUGAACGACAGUAGUUUUGCCAGAAAGAUAGACUUUAUCUUUUCUAAUUCUAAAAGCUCUUUUUCGGAUUUGAACUCAAAGGAUUAUCAUAUUGGGUACCAGAAGGGGGAAGAGCGGAAAUUGGAUGGUAAGAUUAUAAGGUUUGUGGAUUAUUUGUAUAUACAGUUGAGGCUAUUUAUAAGUUGGAAACGAGAAUCUAUUCUUAAACGUUGCAAACCAUAAUAAAACUUUAAAACUCACGUAUAAUAAUGUUGACUUUUCAAAAUUCAUCAACAACAUUGACAAUUUUAGAAAGUUUGGCCAAUAUCUACAAGAAGAUCGAAGAAGCUGAACAAGAUGAAGGAAAGGAAACUCGGCAAUCCGGGGAGAAGAUUUUAUCUAUUUUGAAAAGACGUACUAGUGUUUCUCAGGACGAAUUCCAAUCUUCUUUCCAACGAAAUGCGGAGAAGUUAAGGGAAGCUUCGAACUCCUUCCAUUCAAAUCACUCCUUGAAUCAGUUGUUCUACAAUGACAAGUCUAAGAAGAGCAACCCCAAAGAAAACCAGUUUUAUCAAAGUGUCAUUCACAAGCUCAACUUACAGUAAGUGUAACUUUGGAUGUUUUUACCUAUUUUUAUUUUUCGAAUUUUUAAUAAAAAAUUUGCAGUGAUCCAGAACUGGCUCUUCUCACCAAGUUUUCUUUGAAAUUCCGUUUCUUUCUUCAUGAAAACGCUGUGAAGCCUUUUGUGAAAGCAGUAGACGAUGCCAAUCUGUCGUUGAAGAAGUUGAACUUGAAUCUUACGGUAGGAACGGCAAAGUUGGAGGAACUUCAAUUCCAUUUGGAUCAGCGGCCAGACUUGUAUGGGACUGAGCUGCCGUUUUUGUUACCUUUUUUGAAAAUGCAUUCAAAUCAACAUUAUUUGGUGAAGAGACUUAGGGAGUUGAACAAAUCUAACAUUCUACACGGAUAUCAACAUGAUAAGACCGGAGAAACCGAAAAUGACGAUGUUUCCAGUAGGUUUCGUUACUAUUAUAAUUUCUUUCUUUAUAGCUUUGUAAUUGUAAAUUCUCUGGGUUUUUUUAGUUGUUGUAUUAGUUCAGGUAACAUUAUAUACUAAUUUUAGGUUAGUUUGACGUGGUUAUGGUUUUGCCAGCACUAAAUAUUUAACUUUUAGGUAUUGAUGAAAAAUGGAACUCUGAGUAUCCGACUGAUGCUGAAAUUGUCUUUGGCAUGUUCUGUUUGUACAUGGAUCACGUUUUGGUGCCAGAGUCCUUAACUAAAACCCCAACUCGACCAUUUUCCUCAAUUUAUGUUUUCAAAGAACCUGGUCAAUUGGCAUUCAACCAAAAACUUCCGACUGCAUUCUUUAUCAGACAAGUAAGGCAUUUACAUUUUACGAGGUUUUUCUCACUUCUGGAAGAUAACACGCGCUAGUCAAGUUCUGAUAAUAGAAAAAGGAUAAAUUGUUUUAAAAUAGGCAUAGUUUUAAAAAUUCUGUAUUAUGAUAAUGUUUUAGCGACACCAAGGUGCUGAAAUCCUGUUUGAAUUCGUUGCGAACGGUGGCGCCGACAUCUACACCUUGCCAGCUGGCUCCCAAAACAUGUUCGCUUCGAUUUACUUAUUCCUGAAUCAUUGCUCCAAACACAACGGCGGCUACUUGGGAGACUUGAGACUAGACCGCAAAGGCCUGAACCUGGCUUUCUUGUUAUCCGAUGACUAAUUCCGACCUUUUGAUCUCAAGUUUUGUUAAUAAUUUAUAAUAAUAUCAUUCACAGUAUAUCAAGAUGGGAUUUGAACAACGUAUCACAUAUCGAAUAAAAUUGUUAACACCAUCGUGUGACCCUCUGAAACAGGUUUCAUGGAUCCUGUUGAGUAUCUCUAACGCGAUUUGCAUUUUAACAGAUUAGACUAUUCAUUUGUUUGCUUAUCUUUCGGAAUUUUGAUCUCUCACCCGCACUUUCCACUAUCACAGAAACCUUUUCAUUUUUUAGGCUUUACUUUCACGCCUCGGUCCUUUAUUUUGAAGUUGUAAAAAGUGAGUCUUUUAUAUUUUUACCGUUUACUACAGCGUUGCGCAAACAUGGUUUUAAGGUUUCUUAUGGUAACAGUAGUAUUGGGCAGUUUUGUGACAGUGUAUAAGGGGUGGGGUGUAUGUUCAUUUUUUUGAACAAGUAUAAUCACGUUUUUCUUUGAAAACAUUAUAGUAGUGCUUUCCUAACGUUUCAGAACAUUAUAAUCAUGUUUUUAAAGUUUGUUUUAAACGUCUACCGAUUCCUGCUAAUUUGUAUUUUGGCUUGUUUAAAUGGAGGUUUUGUGUAAUUUAAAGUGGUUUUAUAGAUUAUUUUUUAGCUUCCUUGUUAGCUGUUACCUCUUUAUCAAUGAUACAAGUUAUCAACGAUAAAUUCAUGGUUUAAAUCUUGAUAAUUUAAACGUCGUUGAUAGUUUGGACCAUAAAAAUGAGUUUUUAAAACCUUUUCUCAUUUUCAAAGUCUUAUUACUUUUUUACUUUGACCCAUAUUAUGGUUUUAUCAUGUCCAUAUUACAGACAUGGGCUUGGGAGGUACGGUUGCGGGCAUAAUCGGCGGUUCGGCCGCAACCAUCACCUUGCUGUCCCUUCCGUUUGUCGCACCAGCCUUCCGCCGAGUCUGUAUCCCCUAUGUACCCGCGUCACCCAAUCAGAUUGCCAACGUGAAACGCUUAUUGAACUCGUGCCACGCUCCGAAAACUCCGGCUGUCGAUUUGGGCAGCGGAGACGGACGAAUUGUAAGGAUAUUAACAUACUCAACUUUUAGGUUCUCUUAACGUAAAUGGUUAAAUAAUGAAGUUUGGCGAGCAGUUGGCUAGUCACUUGACUCCAGAAUGGCGCAAACAGUACAUCAGGUACGAAGAGCUGAAGGGCAUCUUAUACCAGAUUAUGCUCGAAGCCCCAACAGAAACAGAAGCCCGAGAGCAGUACGUCUCACAGAUGGAUGAACAGUUCUUUGCCGAAUGUGAAAGUGAACUGACUAAGAUCAACUUGUUCUUCAGCCAGAAAAUCGCCGAAGCUCAGGGAAAGUACCACGAACUCAACGCUGAACUCAUAACCUUCAAAGAAGCUAUCACUUCGCGAAACAUGGUCAGUCAACGAAGAACUUCUUUAAGGCAUCCCUUCAACAGCAAACCCAGCAAGCUUCAGAAGGAACAGUCCAAGACCGGUCAACAACUGAAACUGGCCUUCUCGGAGUUCUACCUGAAUCUGGUGCUUCUCCAGAACUUCCAACAACUAAAUGGAACCGGAUUCCGCAAGAUUCUGAAGAAGCACGACAAGUUGUUGAUGAACGAAGCCGGCCUCGAUUGGAGGAUAAAUCGAGUCGAGAAGUCAUCGUUCUUCCUUAACCGUGACAUUGAAACGCUGAUCAACAAUGUGGAGACUGCCGUGAUAAACGAACUGGAAGGAGGUAACCGACAAGCCGCGAUGAAACGACUUAAAGUACCACCUUUGACAGAGAAACAGCAUUCCGGAACAACCUUUUCUCUGGGCUUCUUCCUCGGAGUAUUCGCUGUUCUUGGAGUUGUCAUCAUAUUGUCAUGGUUUGGAUUCACAGCACGACCUCACGAACCGAAAUGGGUAGCUGUGCGACUGUUCAGAGGCUUCUUUCUGUUCUUUCUGAGUGUACUGUUAUGUGGACUGAACAUGUAUGGAUGGGCCGCGGCGGGAGUCAACCAUGUCCUCAUCUUCGAGAUGGAUCCACGAAAUCACUUAACUUAUCAAACUGUGAUGCAACUAGCCUCGUUCAUGCUGAUGUUGUGGGCAUUGUGUGUGUUGGGAUACCUAUAUGCACACACUGUUGGUCUACCACCGUUUAUAUUCCCACUGAUCUUGAUGCUGAUAUGUGUGUUGUUUCUGCUGAAUCCCCUGAACAAGCCGGAGAAUGUGUUCUACAGAAACAGCCGCUUCUGGUUGCUAAAGCAUUGUUUCAACUGUUUUACCUCGCCAUUUCACUUUGUCACAUUCACGGAUUUCUGGCUGGGCGAUCAGAUGAACUCGCUGGCCACAUGCUUCCUUGAUCUCCAGUACUUCAUUUGCUUUUACGCUACUGAAGUCGACUAUUCAAAUCUCAAGUUUGAAGCCAGAACCCUGAACGUGACUGAUGGAGUUGUACCAUGGGGCUACGUAGACAUCAAUACGGGACAAGACAUGUGUGCAUCCUUCUCGUGGAUCAGAAUCGUGGUAACAGCUAUUCCAGCUACUGUCCGUUUCCUACAGUGUCUACGGCGUUACCGUGACACACGACGGUGGCAUCCACAUCUUGUGAACGCCGGAAAGUACGCGACAACCUAUCUAGUGGUCGCCAGCAACUCGCUCAACAAAUGGGCCGAAGGCUCUCUUCCCGACUACGGUUACGUAUUCUUCUACUUCUGGGUAAUUUCAUAUGUAAUCUCAUUCACCUACACGUUCUUGUGGGACGUCUUUAUGGAUUGGGGCCUGAUUGAUCCGCGAGCACCAAAAGAAGCACCGUUACUGCGUGAAGAAAUGAUUUAUGGCAGCAAAUGGUACUACUACUUUGCCAUAAUCGAAGACUUUGUUCUCAGGCUGUCCUGGGUGAUGAACGUGUCACUGGCCGAAGCGUGGAUGCUCCACGGAGAUCUGUUGAUGUGCAUUAUGAGUCCACUCGAGGUGUUCAGAAGAUUCAUCUGGAACUAUCUUCGGUUGGAGAACGAGCACGUCAACAAUUGUGGUCAGUUCCGUGCCGUCCGCGACAUUUCCGUAAAGCCGAUUAGGAAAGGCGAUUUGGACUCGCUCUUAUCCAAGAUGGACCAGAUGGAUGGGGUCACACAUCGAGGCCAAGAUCUUCAGGAGAGAGUGAAGAAACAGAAGAAGGCGGCCAGAGAGAAGAGGCAGAUUCUGAAGAGAAACAGAAUUGCACGAAUCGCUCAUCCUAUACACCCCAGUGCCACGACAGGUGCCCUGGUCGAAACCGCUCACUAA